GAUUUGAACAAGCGUUUGUCCCUGCCUGCUGACAUCAGGAUACCUGAUGGCUAUCUUGAAAAGCUGCAGAUUAACAGCCCACCAUUUGAUCAGCCAAUGAGUCGACGUUCUCGUAGAGCAUCACUAUCAGAAAUUGGAUUUGGAAAAAUGGAAACCUAUAUCAAGUUAGAAAAGCUUGGAGAGGGUACUUAUGCAACAGUUUAUAAGGGGAGAAGUAAAUUGACGGAGAACUUGGUAGCCCUGAAAGAAAUCCGCCUGGAACAUGAAGAGGGAGCACCAUGCACAGCCAUAAGGGAAGUGUCAUUAUUAAAAGAUCUGAAGCAUGCAAAUAUUGUUACAUUACACGAUAUUGUGCACACAGACAAGUCUUUGACUCUUGUUUUUGAAUAUCUGGACAAGGAUCUGAAGCAGUACAUGGAUGACUGUGGCAACAUCAUGAGUAUGCACAACGUAAAGCUGUUUUUAUACCAGAUUCUUCGUGGUUUGGCAUACUGUCAUAGAAGAAAGGUAUUGCAUCGAGAUCUGAAGCCACAAAAUCUCCUAAUUAAUGAGAAAGGAGAACUGAAGCUUGCAGACUUUGGAUUGGCCAGGGCGAAGUCUGUUCCUACAAAGACCUACUCCAAUGAAGUUGUCACGUUAUGGUACAGACCACCUGAUGUUCUCCUCGGAUCUUCAGAGUAUUCAACUCAAAUUGACAUGUGGGGCGUUGGAUGCAUAUUUUUUGAAAUGGCAUCAGGAAGGCCUCUCUUUCCUGGUUCAACGGUUGAAGAUGAACUGCACUUAAUUUUCAGACUUCUGGGAACCCCAUGUCAAGAAACAUGGCCGGGCAUUUCUUCCAGCGAUGAAUUUAGAAACUACAACUUUCCUAAGUAUAAACCACAACCCCUCAUCAACCAUGCACCAAGGCUAGACACUGAAGGGAUUGAAUUGAUAGCGAAGUUCCUUCAAUAUGAAUCGAAGAAGAGAAUUUCAGCAGAAGAGGCCAUGAAACAUGCAUAUUUCAGAAGUCUUGGAACAAGAAUACACACUUUGCCUGAAAGUGUUUCAAUAUUCAGUCUAAAAGAGAUUCAGUUGCAAAAAGACCCUGGCUUCCGAAAUUCCGCUUACCCUGAGACAGGACACGGGAAGAACAGAAGGCAGAGCAUGCUCUUUUAAAGUAGGCGAUGCAGAGUCGAGCCCAAGCCUAUCCUGUCAAUCCAGGACUCAGAUCUGAAGGCAGUGCUCUCUGUUGGUGGACUUGGAAUCGCAGUUUGUCUACACUGUCCUCUUCACAGUGGAGUCUUUUUAUUUCCAACCUGCAGAUUAUGUUUUUAUAUUUGUUGUCACAGUGUGACAAUUUUUUGUACAGUUGGUUUUAAGGUCUCCUCUGCCACUAGAGCCAGUAGGUUACAGCUGUUGAUGUAACUGUAGCUGCAAUUUUUGUGCAGGACUGAGAAACACAGUGCAUUAUUUAUUGCGGAAUCAUUGCUGCUAAAUAACUACUGUCUGUAUAGUUAACACAACAGUUCCAUGCCUGAAGAAGUUGCAAUGGCUUUAUAAUAUGUGAAUGCAUCUGUUUCUCUUCAUAAAAUGUUCUACUGCUGCGGGGUUUUUUUGUAUUUCUUAAACUGCAGUGUUUCCUGGAAUGUAAACAUAGCUUUGCUUGGCUAUAGGUGAACCAUCUUUAAUGCUCUAAGUUCAUGGCACUUAAUUCCUUAUUUAACGUUGGAAGUAUGCGUUGAAAUAGUUGAAAAAUUAUAAUGCGUAUUAUGUUUUUGAAAAGCACAUGGUGUGAAAGUUGAUGCAGACAAGUGAACGGUAACUAUUAUGUGCUCUCAGAUCCUCUGUUCAUUAUUGAUAAAUUAGAGCAUGGAGACUGGAUGAUAAACUUUGUCAGGCUUACUCCAGCAUAAGAUAUUUGCACAUUGUUGUGCAUAUGGGGCCUGCAGAAGCAAUGACUUUUCUACCUUGUUUUUAACUUAGAAAUACA